AAAACAACGUCGGACCAAUAGAGCUUCAGUCACAUGCAACAUUUAAAACUGACAAUAAAGAGAAGAGAGAUUUCCCAUCGAUUAAUGAAUGAUCUCCUGUUAACACGAGUGCGGCGAAUCAACAAGAUGGGGGAUAAUUCAAAAGGAGACCGUACCCGCCCUACUCUCUCUGCUCUGCGCCUCCUCGUCUCUCCGAUUCGGCUGGUCACAGCAGCAGUCUGGCAGACCAUCCAGCAGAAGGUCGUGGCCAAUUAUGGGAUGCUCGAGGAGUUUGUUUCCAUGGUCACAGACAUCGUACCGGAGCUGCUCACCACCCGCCAGAAGGUCCAACUCACCCUGGGCCUGAGAGCACGUCUGGUCCUGGAGUUAUGUCAGUUUGAAGCCACCCCUGAUUUCGAGGCUGUUCGGCCGCACCUGGACAGGAUGCAGAACCAUAUCGAGGCAUGGGUUGUGGAGGCUGGAGCCACUAAUGAGGAAGUGCCAAACUCAGACUUUGUGGAUGUUGUUAAGACCAUACUGAAAGAUCCAGAGAAGAGGGAAGACUUCUUUCAGAAAGUUUUCCCUGAAAAGUUUGGUCCCACAUUUGAUGAAGCACUUCACAGCUUGACGUGGCUGCUUCUGUUUCGACUUGAAAAGCUUCUUCCUCUUCAAACGUUCCAACAGGUUGCCUCCAUGUUUGAUGAGGCAUCCUCUGUUCUGGUGGACUGUAUGGAGUCUGUGUCUCAGUAUGAGGAGCUCAGAAUUGUGCUGCAGUAUCAAAAAGACCUCAGCCAACUGGAUCACAAUGAUGGUUCCCUGGAUGGCGCCUGCAUUACUUCAGCGCUCAAACUUCCCUCUGCUAAAACAACUGAGACACAGACAAAACAAGCACAAGCCACCAUCUUGGAUGAUGUGCUGUCAUGUACAUCAAAUUUGGAGGAGGAACGUUUAGCGCUGCCUCUUACAGCACAGUUAAAUACUGACACAUUAACAGAGCAUCACACAAUUAAAAAAAAGACUGACAAAACUAAUUGGACUCCUGGGGAAAAUGAAACCGGGGUAGCUUUUGACGAUAUUACAAGACGUGAAGAAAAUGUUGACCACCUUCAAAGUCAAGCGGAUGAUGCAGCUGGAGUAAAACAAUGCUGUGUUCAGCAAUCUUUGCAGCUUCGACCUAUUAGACGAAACAGAGGCCUGAGGCUGAAGAAGAUUCUCCUGAAAGAGAAAAGAGGACUUUGUGACCGGGCCCUGCCUGUCUGCAAACCUGCGUCUAGAAAAGCAAAAUCACCCAGCAGGGCUCCCCAAGAGGUGUCUGAUGAUGAUAAUUCAAUCCGCUUUGGCAAAGACUCCUCAUAUAUGGCUCCUAUCACUAACUGCAGUGAAGACGACUCAUGGUCUUACUACUCAGAUGAGUACUCUUUCCAUAACACCACUAGUGGUAGUCCCAGUAUGGCUGAUUCAUGGUCGGACUACUUGGAUGAUUCCUCUUCUUUUUCUUCUGUCAGCAGUCCCACUGGAUAUGAUUCAGUUUAUAGUUGCCCAAAUGAGGACCCUGCUUUUAUGGUUCCUAAAGUUUUGUCGGCUCUGAGCAGAAAACAGGGAACAGGCGUCAAAGCUAGCGCCGAAAAGAAAAUCCGUCAAGUUUACUGCUUUAUCUGCAAGAAGCAUGUAGAUACAAGCCUGAGGAGUCACAUGAAAACACACUUUACUGAGGGCUAUUACGCCUGCCCUCGAUGCGACAGUAGAUUUAAACUCUUCUCAUCUUUUAAGAUGCACGUGCGCAGAACCUGUUACGAGUAUGGUAAGCAGCAGGUCGAUCCGGAGAAGCUAGACGAAGCCAAGAAUCUUUACAAAUGCGACAAAUGCCAAGAGGCCUUCAGGUACAAAGUUUCACUGGACAGACACAAACUAACACACGAUGAGUUGUACUGCAGUGUGUGUAGGAAGGUGUUACGUGACACAGCGGCUUUGGCGAGGCACAAGAUCUCACACACGGCGUUCCAGUGCACCCGUUGUGAGGAGACCUUCACUCUGUUUAUGCCCUUAAUCAGGCAUUAUGAAAAUAUCCAUAAAAUAAGCAGACCGUUUAAAUGCAACCGCUGUCCCAAAACUUUAAACAGGCUGCGCUUUUUAAUCCUACACGAGUGGACACAUACCGGGCACCUACCAUUCCAGUGUGCCCAGUGCAGCUGUAGAUUCAAGUCGGACGCAGAUCUCAUUUACCAUGAAAGGGUCCACACGAAAGAGAAACCCUACCUGUGUCCGGAGUGCGGCAAGACUUUCUCCCAGAAUUCCAAUCUGUUGCGGCACUUGAAUCUCAUCCAUGGCGAGGGUCAAAAGGAUAAGAGACAUUCGUGCUCCCAGUGUGAGAAAUCCUUUAAAGAGAAAGGGGCCCUGAAAAAGCACCAGAGGAGCAAACACUUAAACGAACUAUUCCGUCAUCCGUGUCCAUACUGUGGAAAGAUGGUCUCCAAGUCGACACUCGCUAGACAUAAAUUAAUCCAUACCGGAGAGAGGCCUUUUAAAUGCACGGUGCCUGAAUGUGACAAGUUCUUCAGGUCAACUUCUGAAGUGAAGAAGCAUGUCCUUAUACAACAUACGACAGAGAGACCAUAUAAAUGUGAUGUAUGUGGAAAGGGCUUUGUAAAAAUGUGUUUUCUCAGAGCACACGCUAGAAUACACUCAGGAGAAAAGCCGUUUGUUUGCCACAUCUGCGGAAAGGCUUUCCCUAAGCUCUACAGCAUGCAGCGACACAAAAAGCUAAUACAUACAUUUGUACCACAUUAACCCUGCAUUAUAGUUACGCUCAGUAAAACAGUGGUAUGCUAAGAGAAUGUUUCCAACCAACAGAAGUUUUCAGACAAUUUUAUGGUGUUUGCACUGGAUGCAAGAUUGAACGAUGUUGGAAUGCAUUUCUGUGUUGUAAUAAAACUGCACCAAAGGAGUAAUACACUUUGAGCUUUGCACUCUUAUCACCUUAUCAGACCUAUAAAGUCAGUUUUCUCACUUCACUCUGCACCAUUGACUGUUUAUUAAAAGCUCUGCACACAGUGUCCAGCACACAAACAAUAAAAAGUGAAAAGUAUAUUAAAGAACUGUUUGAGUAUUGCCUUUAUUAAGAUGAGUUAAGAUGAUCCUACCACAGCACAAGAGAACAUGCGAGUU